UGCAAUCAUAAGAAGGAAGUGGUCAUCAGUGAUGCAUUCCCGCGAAGAUAGAGAAGCAUUUUCACCAUAAUACUUUUAGGUUUUUUCACAUCAUCAUGAGUAAAAGAAAAGCAAAAGAUGCUCAUCUACCUAUUGGAGAAUGCAUCAGUCAGGUUCAUCAGAUUUUAAGGAAGAGAUUUUGCCAUCAGCAGCUUCCUGAUAAACCAGAGGGAGUGGAGGCUCAACACAAACACCUGGCGGAGCUGCUGAAGCGAACGGCGGUCCAUGGAGAGAGCAACUCGGUGCUAAUUGUCGGCCCUAGAGGAUCGGGGAAAACCAUGCUGCUGAGGAGCAUCCUGAGGGAGCUGUCACAGGAAACAGAGGUGCAGAAAAACCUCCUGCAGGUUCACCUCAACGGCCUCCUGCAGACGGACGACAGAAUAGCUCUGAAAGAAAUAACAAGGCAGCUCCAGCUGGAAAACGUUGUUGGCGACAGAGUGUUUGGAAGUUUUGCGGAGAACUUGACUUUCCUGCUGGAUGCGUUGAAGAAAGGCGAUCGCAGCAGCAGCCGUCCGGUGCUGUUCGUCCUGGACGAGUUCGAUCUGUUCGCCUACCACAAGAACCAGACUCUGCUGUACAACCUGUUUGAUGUUGCCCAGUCUGCCCAGGCGCCCGUCGCUGUAGUCGGCCUCACCUGCAGGCUGGAUGUGUUGGAGCUGUUGGAGAAGCGGGUGAAGUCUCGGUUUUCCCACCGUCAGAUCCACCUACUGAACAAGCUGACGUUCCCUCAGUACCUGGAGCGGGUCCGAGAUCAGCUCAGCCUGCCGGACGACUUCCCGGAUGGAAAGUUCGCCCAGGAGUGGAACGCCGCCGUGACGACGCUCUGUGAGGACAGAUCAGCUGAAGAGGUUCUGCAGAGACAUUUCAACUCCAGUACGGACUUCCGCUCCCUGCACACGCUGCUGAUAUUGUGUUUGAGUCGAGUCUCGGUGGCCAGGCCGUCCAUCACGCCGGCGGAUCUCCUGGACGCCAGUCGCUUGUGUCUCGCCGACGCCAACGCAAACAUGCUCCACGGUUUGUCGAUCUUGGAGCUGUGUCUGAUUAUCGCCAUGAAGCACCUCAACGACGUCUAUGAAGGAGAGCCGUUCAAUCUGCAGAUGGUUCACAACGAGUUUAAGAAGUUCCUGCAGAGGAAGUCCAACUCCAUGUAUAACUUUGAGCAGCCGGUCAUCAUGAAGGCCUUCGAACAUCUGCAGCAGCUGGAGCUGAUCCGACCUGCCGACGGCGCCUCGGCUAAAACCCAGAGGGAGUUUCAGCUGAUGAGGCUGAUGCUGGACCACGGUCAGAUCAUGGAGGCGCUGCAGAAAUACCCUCAGUGUCCUACGGACGUCAAGCAGUGGGCCAUGUCGGCGUUCGCUUAGGCUCUAGACGUUUGUUAAAAUAAACCCAACAUUUAGUUUCAAAUAUUCACAAUAAAUUAUUAAAGAAAAUAAAUG